UCUGGGAGUGAGUGAUUGACUUUAUCAGUCCAAGGACAUCAUCCGCCUGGAAAGGGGGGGAAGUUUGAUCCUCUUUCUCACGGAUCGCAGUCGCCGGGAGUCUAUUCGCUCCCCAACACUUUCCGCCCAGGAUUUUUCUCCCCGUCUUGGCUGAUUUUUUUUUAUUUUUUUUAUUUUUUCUCGCCUGGCGAAUCUCGGCGCGGCGGCAGCAGCUUGCGCGUCCCGCUAAACUGGAUUUUAAAUUCAUUUCUUGUGUUGGUCUUGGCUCCUAAGUUUGCUCAUGACUAUGCUUCUUGAUAGCGGUCCGCAGUUUGCAUCGUUAGGAGUGGGGGGCUUCGGGACGCCGCGGCAUCACGAUCUCGGGAACCGAGACCCGAGUCUCGGACUGAACCCCUUCAGCGACUCUUCCCACUCCGCGGCGUUCAAAAUCAGCCCGGUGACGCACGACAUCGCCUCCAGCCAGACGUCUGCGUUCACCCCGCAAGCUGGUGGAUAUGCAGCCGCCCUGGGACACUCUCAUGGCGGGCAGGUGGGCUCCUACGGAGGGGGAGCGUUCAACUCGACGCGGGACUUUCUCUUCCGGAACCGGGGUGUUGGAGAGUCCACGGCACCGAGCGCGCAGCAUGGGAUCUUUGCAGCGUCGGCGGGGAGCCUCCACGGGCCGCCAGGAAUCGCAGACAACCCGGGACAUCUGUUGUUUCCAGGACUUCACGACCAGGGGGUGAGCCACACAUCCCCGAGUGGACAUGUGGUCAACAGCCAAAUGCAUCUCGGCUUGCGCGGGGACAUUUUCGGGAGACCUGACCCGUAUCGUCCGGUUGCAAGCCCGCGGACGGACCCCUACGGAGCCCAGCUCCACAACUACAACCACCCCAUUAACAUGAACAUGGGCAUGAAUGUGCCCACACACCACGGUCCGGGGGCGUUUUUCAGAUACAUGAGGCAGCCGAUUAAGCAAGAAUUGUCCUGCAAAUGGAUAGACGAGACCCAGAUGAACAGACCCAAAAAGACUUGCGACAGGACUUUCAGCACCAUGCAUGAGAUGGUCACUCAUGUGUCCAUGGAGCACGUCGGCGGCCCGGAGCAGAGCAACCACAUCUGCUUCUGGGAGGACUGUCCGAGGGAAGGCAAAUCGUUUAAGGCCAAGUACAAACUGGUCAACCACAUUCGGGUGCACACGGGGGAGAAGCCUUUCCCCUGUCCGUUCCCUGGAUGUGGCAAAAUAUUCGCCAGGUCGGAGAAUUUGAAAAUCCACAAAAGAACACAUACAGGUGAAAAGCCGUUUAAGUGUGAAUUUGACGGCUGCGACAGACGCUUCGCCAACAGCAGCGACAGGAAAAAGCACAUGCAUGUGCACACGUCCGACAAGCCGUACAUCUGCAAAGUGUGCGACAAGUCUUACACACACCCCAGUUCUCUCAGGAAACACAUGAAGGUACAUGAGACUCAAGGAUCUGAAUCGUCCCCAGCAGCAAGUUCUGGAUACGAGUCGUCCACGCCACCGGUUCUGGUUUCAGCCACGACCGACGACCCGACAAAAACACCCCCGUCUGCCGUACAAAACCAGUCCGGGCACAGCGAAGGACUUGCGCCCAACUUUAACGAAUGGUACGUUUGAAGACCGAAGACUCGUCUGGACCACAGGAUGAAAAAAAAAAAACUUUAAAAAAGAAGAACUAUUCCUGAUCACAUCCAACACACACACACACCCACCCACACACGCUCACACACACACGGAGAGAGAGAGAUGGGACUGGAACCAACAGUCGAAGAUGAGAGCAAAAGCCAGCACAACGCAGGCCAAGUCCGUUCUCAGGAUCACAAUUGACUUUUAUUCCGACAUUUAAAAUAAAAGGAAUUAAAUAAAUACAAAUAAAUCAGAAAUAAAUAACCAUUUCUCGAUAUAAAAACAUGUUUUGUUUUUCUUUUCUUUUCAUUUUUUAUAUAUAUUUCAGGAAGAGAAAAUGGUUUAUUUUCAUUUUAUCGUAUUUUCUCAAGACUUUUAUUUAACAAAAAAACGAAUAAAAAUGAAGCUAAAAAAAUAUUAUUUCACGGUGUUUUAUAUCGGGUGACGCGCUGGGGUGUCCAGCUCAAAUUGAUUGUUGGAACUUAAAAAAAAAAAAAGACAGUCUUAAGAAACGUGCCAAAGUCUUUGUCAUGAACUUGAACACAGUAAAAACAACAUCAUAAAUAAAUAUUAUACUUGUGAAUGUAUUUUUUCCUUGUUUGAUGGGGUCGAAUCUGUUGUCAACGUCCGUUUUUUCAGGUGGAGACAUGUGGUGAUUAGGUUACGAUUGUUACCGUUAAAUAUAACGUUGCCUUUUGUUAAUACCGCUGUAAAUACAUAUCCAUGAUGCCAUAUUUAUCAAUUUGUAAUUUAAUUAUGGGUAUAAGUUCUGAAAAUGAUAUUUAUGGAAAUGUUUUCUAACAAGAACUGUAUAGUUUUUCCUUUAUCUUUUUUUAUUAUUAUUAUUUUAUUUUGGUCAUAACCAGUUUAACAAUGAACAAAUGAAGUCUAAAGCUCCAACAUGGCGAUUGUACCCUUUUUUGUCUUUUUAACCAAUAGGCCUACAUGUGUCUUAUUUGGACUGAAGAAAUCAUCUAUAUGAAUAUUAUGGAUUUGUCUAUAUAUAAUGCAGAUAUUUCCAUCACCUUUUCUGUUUCCUUUAUAAGACCUAUGACAUGUAAAUCAUCGACUUUGUAGGAACUGAGCUCAAGCUAUAAAUCGAUUCUGUUGAUAUCUUUAUUUUUGGUUAAAGCUAAACCUUUUGUGUAUUUUUACUUAUAUAGAAUCAGAAAUAGAUGUCAAUUCGUAGCCUAAACUCAGUAUUGGAGGACAAAAAACAUCACUUUGUUGCACUCUUUGAGGUCUUAGAUGAGUGUGUGGAGGUCAUGAUUUCCAAAAAUCCAGAUGACAGUAUUUUUUAUUUUAUUUGAAUUUUUUUUUCAGUAUUGGAAAUCCGGGUCCAGCGCCCAAAAUAUAUCUUUAUAGUUCCAGCAAUGUCUUUGUGCAAGUAUGUUUAAAUGUGUGCAUCGGCAACAAUGGAACUGUCAACAACACAGUAUCUUCAAAAAUAAAAAAAAGUUUUUUUUGUCUGUCAGCUUGCAUUGUUUUAAAUGUAAUUCUUCUGUGAAACUAAAGCGUGUUCUUUGUUGUGGUGUUGCAUAUAGAGCAGUUUGAUUACACAUUUGCUUGUUUUGUGUGAAAACCUUGUCAAGAUGGCUUUUUUUCUUUAUGUUUUUCAGAAAUCUAGUGAAAGAAAUUUUAGAUCUAUGUGGGACAAACGUGGUUAGUAGCUCUAAGCUCAGUGGCAAAAAGAGUUAAAGCGUUGCAUUGUAACCUAUUCUCAGAAAUUAAAUAUUAUGCAGACACAAAGUAUAUUGUACUCAUAUGAGAACAAUUUCUGACCACCAGCACUACUUAAAAAAAAACAAAAUGUACAAAAAAGUGGUACCUCGUGACGAUGAUAUAUGAAAUAAGUUUAUUUAAAUAAUUUAAGGAAUAUAUGUUUUAUAUGCUAUUUUCUAUACCUUAAUUUAAAAUAACUACUUUUUUCUUAUUCCUACCUUUCUGCCCCGCUGUCAAAGAGGUCAGGUGUUGAAAAAAAACCAAUAUCUGGUGUACAAAUCCAGACAGAAUGUGAUGUUGUAACACUUUCUGAGAGAUAUGGGUCACGCUACGAGUUAUUCCUGAAGAGCAAAACUGUUUUACUGAUGAACUGUGUCACUGUGCCACACUGAGGCAAACCAUGUUACAGCAGCAGGCCUAUGCGUAAAAGCCUAUCCAGAGGCGAAGAAAUAAAAGCCUCACUGUUCUUUUUUUAGGCUA